CACAUUUCCACUUUAUUGGAGUCAGCCCUUGUAAUAAUUAAAAGUGUGCACAUUUCUGGUUCCCAUGUACUUGUUCAUUGUUCGGAUGGAUGGGAUCGUACGGUACAAUUGACUUCAAUUUCUGAACUUUGCCUUGAUCCAUAUUAUCGCACUUUCAAUGGAUUCCAAGUUCUAAUUGAAAAAGAAUGGGUAUCAUUUGGUCAUAAAUUUAGUGAUCGUUCAGGUCAUCUUUCUAAUGAAAAGUACUUUAUUAAUAAUGCCAACUCAACAUUUAAUUCCGUACAAAGCAAGUUUACAAAGCAAUCUCAUAUUCGAGAAAUUUCUCCUGUAUUCCACCAAUUUUUGGAUUGUGUAUUUCAAAUUUUGUCUCAAUUUCCUACAAAAUUUGAAUUCAAUGAAAACUUUUUGAUCAAAUUACAUUAUCAUUGUUAUUCAUGUCAAUUUGGAACAUUCUUAUGCAAUUCGGAGAAAGAAAGAAUGGAUUAUAAAGUCGCUAACGAAACUUAUUCUGUUUGGGACUAUUUUAAUUCAUAUAAAACAAUGUUUCUCAAUCCUCUAUAUAAUGAAAAGAAUAAUUCUAAUGAACAGAGAAAUAAUGAUUGUGUAUUAUUCCCUGAUGAGAAAAAUGUUAAAUAUUGGGCUGGACUAUUUAAUAAAAAAGAUGAAGAAUUAAAUGGCAAUAAUGAUGAGAUUCGAGAUGAAAAAGCUGAAGGAUUUACAGCGAGGAUGAAGUGGAGAUCGAAUAGCCCUAUUUCACGACCAGCGUCUCCAAACGUUAGCUCAAAUAACGAAGUUGGUGAUGGAAACGUUUGGAAGGAUGACUCACCUUCACCAUCACCAUCAUCACCACUUAGCAAAAGUGCUAGUAUAUAUGAGGAUAAUAUUUAUUUUGACCCGUGGAAAAAUAUUAGCACCAAAGUGGGAAAUAACGAUUUCGGUACAAUUAAGAAUAAGUUCAAGAGUACCGAAUUCAAUACGAUUAAAGAUAGGUUCAUGAGUAACGCUAAUAGUUUAGCAAGAGCUACUAUAAGUAUUGGAACAUCUGCAUAUUACAAUGUGACAAGCCUUGCAAAAUCAAAUUUUGAUUUAGGUAGUAAUGAAACCAUGUCACCUGUAGAAAUUACGGAUGAUACUAAUA